AUGAUGCAGGCUUUGAAGCCCGCAACCCAGGGGGUAAAUAAUUCUGCAGACAGCUAGCAAAUGUCCAGCCAUGCACCUUUGUUUAAUACAGAUUUCGAAUCCCAUGAAAAGAAAUGGAGACUGAAAACAUUCGCCACACUAGUGCCAACGAAGCCCUACUACAUGCUACGAGUUCCUUUUAACAAGUUUUGGAAAUGGAGAAGGAGAUUAAGGGGCCAAAAUGGAAAUGGAGGCGUUGAAGAAUCACCCUCGCUAUUUGCCCAAAUAGAAGCUAUCGAUGAUAGCCGAAAUCCAUAAAAAAUAAAGAGCAAACGCAAACAUGGCUUCCUUAGCUGUGUCGACCAAGGAGAAAAAAAUAAUGGGUCUGUGGAGCUCCGUAUCAAAGACGACCACUGUUUGGUGCGAGAAAAGUGUAACCAGACGGGAUCACGGCGAACAAAAAUGCUUCAGAGAACCCCAAAAAGACACAUACAGUCAGAUAAGAGAAGAAGGGUUAUGCGCAUCGCAAACAAGAGUCGCGUCGCCGAAAAUGGCGAGUGACUAAGAGACCUCAGUAAGCACGGAGCCAUGCGUUAGUUCUGACGAAUCAAACCUUUCUAAAUCAGAGGGUGGCGGUAGCCGGGAUAUCCGCGAUGAAGUCCCUACAUGAAAGGGAAAACCACAACGUUUUCGAGUUGAUCGCGACAGAUGCAUUCUCACAAAAGACAUGCCUGUGUCUGCUUAUGACACCCCGAUAGACAGAAUAUAUCAUGACAUAGAAAUAGUCCAUCGAUAUCUCAAGACAUUUUGAACGGAGACGAGAAAUUCACCAUACUGAAGGUAUCAGGAUGGGCCGAAUAUAAUGCCCAAGCAAUAAGCUAGACUGACCGAGACUGAGGAGACUCAAACGUUGAAGAGCUUCCGUAAUCACACAAAGUUGAGGAAUCAGAAUCAUCAGUGAAGCCAUCCGACGAACUCAAAGAUGAUAUGCCCGACGACGACAUGUCUCUCGCCUUUUCGCUGAUUCUUCGUAUUAAUUUUUCCCUUUCCCUACAUUUUUUGUUCGUGUACAGUUAUUCUAACGAGCUGACAUGUAAUCAAUAGGGUUUUCAAAGGCUUUGCCUAUUAUCCUUACCAAAUAAACUGAAAUAAACUGAAUGACGUCAUCCAUUUCGAACGUUAACACAAUACAACAUACUUGUCACUAAAAGACAAAUAAACGUUUAGGACAAAAGGGGUCAGGCAGGCAAUAAGAGCGUCGAGGCAGGUACGGCGCGCGCUCUGCAGAGUAGAGAGCAAGAAAUGGCGCCGGGGAGUGCGUACGUACUACCGGGCGCCGAGGCUAAUCGAUAAGCAAUUGCAAUUGCACGCGGCCGUUUGCAGCCUUCGCGACGCCGGCGCAACCGACCUAGCAGCCAAUCAAAUUACGAGCUCGUCGAUGCCUCAGUACCCUUAUCGAAUAUGCUAGCUCGCGGCGAGCUUGCUUGCUAUUGGGGAAUGUCCGUUUGGCAAGAGUGGGCAAGAGUUGGGCAAGAGUGUCCUAGAUGAGAGCCAAGUUAGACGUCACUCAGUAUUUUGUGUUUUUUUCAGAUAUACCAUUAGGUGUAUUUUGAUAACGCGCCCCAUUAUUUUAUACGCGAUGCAGGUUAGACUGAAUAUAUAAUAAGUUUUGCAAAGUCAUGAAACUCCUUUAGUGGUGGGAGGUGGUGAAAACACAUACUUCCGUUCUUCCGGAAGUCAGUUUCCCUCCUUGUUGCUGGAAUUACUAGACUCCAGGCGGCUUAAGCCCAAUAGGCUCCAGAAGACACGACAGGAAAUAAGAACCAAUGCACUGGCAACAGGCAUUGAAAACUGCUUGACAGACGGGACGGGUUCUGCGCUUGCCGGUCGCUGUGUCGGCUGUGAGGAACUUGAAAAGCGAAUCCAGACGAUAGAAGAGAAGCAAAGCCUACUGAUGAGCAUCGUUGUGGCUAUUCUGGAGCACAGCAGAAUAUAAUUACUAGAUAAUCCGUCACAUUUCCGACCGAUAAGCGACGAGUAUCCCACUAAUAAAGGCACUGGCGCGGAAAACUCGAAGCCAGUCAUGAAGAGGAAAAGAGUUAUAUCCCAAUGAGAAACUCCAGACAAGUCAGCUCCGGUGAAUAACGCGGCAGUCAGCACUAAUGCUACAAAAAUAAACCCGCUACGGUAAUUAAACCUGCUAAAUCAUGGAACACAAAAGAUAAGAAAGCCAAGAUGGCCCUCAAAAGAUCUGUCAGAAAAUACUAUAAGGACUGGUCGUUUUCCUAGGUAGGCGACGCUGUUACUCCGUUUCAUCACAAGGUCAAUUCAGUUGGAAAGUGCUAUUACCAUUCCGUUUGUGGAAAUGAACCCGAUAAGCCUUCCUGUUGUACAUUGCAGAAGGGUAGUGAAUGUAUAAACCCCAGUGUCAGGACAUGUACGUCACAUUAUAAUCCAUGCCUUAUAUCCCCUUCGCAGGACGAAAAUCACUCUAACGUCGAUGUGCCAUCAUCCGUCGGGAGCACCGCAAUGGUGCUUUAUCGUCCUAGCGCGGAUGGGACAGUUAUUGGCUCCUCCAUAAAUCGUAAGCAAAAUAUUAUAAUAAGGGGCGCCCCAGAGCCCACAUCCUGCAUUACAAAGGAAAGGGUGAUGCAUGACCUAGACCUUCUUCAUCAAUGCGCCAGUGCCGUCCUGAACGAUGGGGAAAUAUUCACCGUAAAAGCCUUCCGACUAGGAAAGGAAGACCCAAUCCGUGACCUCAAAACAUCCCCAAGACCCUAACGAAACCCAAGCGGCGCUUCUGUUAGAAAGUAAGACGGCCUUACGCAACACGCACAAGGAAGUUUUUUUUUUCAACCAGACUACGAACUGAAGGAAAGACUAAAAGUGAGAGAACUGAGAUCAGAAUUGAAGGAGAGAAUCGACACAGAAGAGAAAGGACUGAGGAUCAAAAAUGGACAAAUACUCCAGACAAAGAGAUCUUUGCUGUGAUCAGAACCUAUGACAAUGAAGUCUGGGCCUCUUCAAAGAAACAAUUAUUGAAGGUUAUCUACGCAAAUAUACGAGACCUCUUAAACAAACCAGACGAACUAAGAAACCUGGUUAAUGAAAUUAAGCCAGACAUUAUGGCUUUAACCGAAAGGUAGCUUACUGAAGAUAUUGCAGAUACAGAAAUAUCCCUUAGAGGACAUCAACAAUUCAGGAGGGAUAGACCAAGCUGAGGAGGAGGAGGAGGAGGAGGGGAGGGGGAGGAGUCAUAAUUAAUGGCACUUGAAAGCUGACCGCUAUGGCUGAUGUAGGCAGUCUGGCACGGGAUGUGAAACUGUUAAGCUUGACCAUUUCUGCUAAGAAUGUCGGACUAUAACAUUAACCUCGGAACAUUGACGCAAGUCAUCUAUCUGAUGUUAACAGUCUAUUAAAAUAUAUAUCACGAUGCAAUUUCAAGAGGCGGUUCAAUUUUUCGUGAGCACGCGGCAAUUGAUAGAAAAAGUUAAAGAAACUCGAGUAUGUACUUAUAUAAAAUUUUCAAAUGCAGUUAAUCAACUGGAAAUUGGAGAAUAAAAUUUCGUCACUUACCGCAGAACUUAAAUCCCUGACGGACACCCAGGUAUAUAUUUUGCUUUAAAUAACGAUUAAGGCUGAAACUGACGAGCAAGAUAAAGACAGAAAACUGGAAGAGAUAUCGGAGAAGUUAAAAGAAACGGAAUUAGCUUUGGUACAUUCCCCUCUGUGUAUUAUCAUUUUAAAGAAAUUAUCAGAGGACAGGAUUUCCGUAUUGGAGACAGAAAAUUCGUCAAUCUUGGAGGCGCUAAAAAGUGCACAGGUACGAAUACGACCUUUCUGACAAAAAAGAGGGAAAAAACUGAAAUUGAACUGCUUUUAAAGUCCCGAGAGGUUGAUAGUUCGUUGCAAAUAAACCAAACGACGUUAGCGAUUAAUCGACUUACGUCGUUACGUAACCAGCUUACGCAGCUCCAGAACUCUAAUGAAGCCAUGGAAGAUUUCGUGACAAGAUUCAAGUCUCUGGGUAUUUCGUCCUUACUAUAAUUUUUUAGUAUUUUCUGUUCGGUCCUCCGCUGAACGAUGUGCUGCAGAGAAUUCCAAUCUUUUACAACAGAUGAAGGAAAAGAAUUUGCACAUCAGUUCGCUAACCGCAGAGGUCGGCCGACUGUCCGCAGAAGUAGAAAGCUUAAAAAGCCAGUUGAAUUUGGAUGAAAGGCUGGCACAGCAUUCAGUAACCACUUGAUGAGCUUAAAUCCUGUUUCUAGGAAAAAAUGUAUGUUGAAGAAAAUAGGGCUUUUGAACGACUGAAACAGAAGAUUGAGGUAAAACUAAUAAUCCAUUAAUCACUGUAGACCCUGCUUUUCACUGUAGAAGGAACCGUCUCGACUGCAGAACAGUCCAGUAGCUUGUUCAUGCAACUGCGAACGAUGUUGAACUCUUUAACCAGCAAGAGUGAUCUUGUCGCUUCACCCGCACAAUGUACCUCAUGUGAGGAUGUGUCGACAGAGGUAUCAUGGUUUCGGAAGCCUUUCGUGACACGCAUUAUUCAAGAAUUAGACUUCCUAAUUGUUUUUGCCACUUUAAUUGUCUACUACAUUGCGCAUACAACACGAAGACCCGAAUGUCAACGGUUACUCCGACUAAUCUUGAAAAUAGAACUACGCGACCGAGCCGUUAAAUAUUUUUGAUCUAGGAACUACAUAUUCUAUCCUUUACCAAUCUCUGUAUAACCGGAUUUCGAAUCUGAUACAUCCUUUCCCAGCAAUUAACAGUUAAAAAUCGUGUCGAAUGCAGCCUCUGAGGCUACUCUGACAUCGUUCAAGAUCAGAAGAAGAAGCGAUCGCUGGAACAAUGGCUUUAUUCGCCUGACGUUUCGGAUUCUCUAUUGAAUCCAUCAUCAGAGAUAGUUGCGGAAAAGGGUGGCUUGUGUACAGGAAGUCGCAGUAUUUGUAGCAUGCGGUCGCCAUGCUACCGCAUACCUACAGCAAUUAACCGUGCUCCCUUCAUCAAGGAUUGUUGCCCGCUGGUGCGCUAAUUGCUUGAUGGCCGGCAUGCAAGUUGUUAAUUGCUGACAUCUCAUCACCCGUGUUCGAUGCUGGCGUGAUGAUUGCUAGGCCAUCUGGCUCACCGGCUUGCGCGCUCCUCGAGUGGUCAAUUGCUUUGGCCAGUCUAUGCCUCAGCACAGAAUAUGGAGUGGGAAUGUCGUUGCACUUGUUGAUAGACUGAGGUCCUGUGAUGUCAGCAAUUAACAACUUGCAUGCCGGUCAUCAAGCAAUUAGCGCACCAGCGGGCAACAAUCCUUGAUGAAGGGAGCACGGUUAAUUGCUGUAGGUAUGCGGUAGCAUGGCGACCGCAUACUAUAAAUACUGCGACUUCCUGUACACAAGCCACCCUUUUCCGCAACUGUCUCUGAUGAUGGAUUCAAGAGAGAAUCCGAAACGUCAGGCGAAUAAAGCCAUUGUUCCAGUGAUCGCUUCUUCUUCUGAUCAACUAAUUCCUGGAACUCGCAUCUUCGCUUAUAUCGGCAAUCGUUCAAGAUGUUUUGGAACGGUUGUCCAAAUUAAUCAAGCAAGCAGAAAUGCGCACUCAUUAUGCGCUUAGUGGUCGCUGAUGAUGAACAAUCAGUUAUAAUUGACUUAAUUGAGGUGACAAAAAUCAUGAAUCAACAGAGAACAUUUUAAUUUCGUAAGAAUCCAAGUCAAUUUGUUUGCCUUUCAUAAGUUUAUUUUUAGAAUGAUGGACUACGAGCUUAUGUGUCGUCUUCUGGCUUCACAAGUUAGAUCAGUGUUAAGUAAUUAGGGAUUCCCCAUGUUGGGGCAGGCCUCGUCGAAAAAGUAGUGAAAGUGUUUAUGAUCGCUUUCUGGGAGAGCGUUUCCAAUUUUAGUCGGCCAUUUAUGAAUCACGCUUCACCUACUACAUUGUUAGCCACCAAGCUUUUUAUUGCUCGCCUGAACUCGUUUCCAGCAGCGUGGUAGGUUUCCGUUUUAGGAACCUAACUUUUGUCCGUGCGACAGACAUAAUCGAUUUUUUAUCGUAACAAGUGACAGCUUUUAUUUUUUUUAUUCAGGACGCAGUAAUCGCAGAGUCGAAGGAAUGCGAAUCAACGCAAAUUGACAUCACGUAA